CUUCCUCCUCCUCCUGCUCUCGAGGCAGCUCUCCUGCUAACUACCUCAGCGGCGUCGUUGCCGCCGUGGCGGACUUGCUCCUUGCGGUCGCCGGCGCCGAGCGCGCGUUGCUUUUGUUGCUGGCGCUCCCGCUCCCGGUUAGGCCCCGGCUGCUGCGCGGUGCAGCCGGGGCCGCCGGAGGAUGAGCCGCCGGCUGGUGCAGGUGGUCUUGCUGUGCCUGGGCUGCGGCUUGUGCUCCUUGCUCUACGCCUUCAGCCAACUGGCUCUGUCGCUGGAGCAGGAGGCGGCCCGGCGCCAGGGGGACUCUGCCUUGCCCGUGCGCAGGCAGCUCAGGGGUGGCGGCGGCGGCGGCGCCUGGAGGGCCGCGGCGGGAAGCGCAGGCUGCAGCCAGCGAGAGCCGCCGGAAAGGUGUAAGAAUGUGUCUGUAUCCUAUUGGAAUUCCUAUUGGAUGCUGCCCUCUGAUGUUUGUGGAAGGAACUGCUUUUGGGAAGCUGCUCGUAGAUAUGAUUUUGUGAAAAAGCAACCUUUGGAGAAGAUGCACCUGGCCGUAGUAGCCUGUGGCGAAAGGUUGGAAGAGACAGUUACCAUGUUGAAAUCAGCCAUUAUUUUCAGCAUCAAACCCCUGCACUUUCAUAUUUUUGCAGAGGACCCAUUACACACUGAGUUCAGAGAAAUACUUGAUGGUUUGGCAUAUCAAGGAAAAUUUAAUUAUACUUUAUACCCCAUCUCGUUUCCAGCUGGGAAUGCAGCUGAAUGGAAGAAACUGUUCAAGCCCUGUGCAUCUCAGAGGCUUUUCUUGCCAUUAAUCCUCAAAGAUGUGGACUCUCUGCUCUAUGUUGACACGGACAUCUUGUUCCUAAGACCUGUUGAUGACAUUUGGUCCUUCUUGAAAAAAUUCAAUUCCACUCAAAUUGCUGCAAUGGCGCCUGAACACGAGGAACCUCGCAUCGGGUGGUAUAACCGUUUUGCCAGGCACCCGUAUUAUGGAAAGACUGGAAUCAAUUCUGGAGUAAUGCUAAUGAAUAUGACCCGCAUAAGAAGAAAACAUUUCAAGAAUGACAUGACCACAGCACGGUUACGGUGGGAAGAAAUUCUGAUGCCGUUGCUGAAAAAAUAUAAGUUGAACAUAACAUGGGGCGAUCAGGAUCUUCUGAACAUUAUGUUUUUUCAUAAUCCAGAAAGCCUUUUUGUUUUUCCUUGCCAAUGGAACUAUCGGCCUGACCACUGUAUUUAUGGAAGCAACUGUCAGCAGGUUGAUCAAGAAGGAAUAUUCAUCCUCCACGGAAACAGAGGGGUUUACCAUGACGAUAAACAGCCAGCUUUUCGAGCUGUGUACGAUGCAAUAAGAAAUUAUUCAUUUGGCGACGACUUGGUACAUGCCUUGUUGCUUCCCCUUGAACUGGAGCUACAAAAGACACAGCACACUUACUGCGGAAGAAUAUACAAAGUAUUCACAAAGCAGCUAACCAAAAGCAUAAGGGACAUUUGCGAUAAAAGAUCUAAAGGAAGGUGAUCAUCAUAGGCUCCCCAAACUUUUGAAUUAAACAACACAGAUGAGAGAGAAUAUAUGAUGCCUGAAGGAUAUUCAUGAAAGAAACAGCACAUUGCUCUAAUCAGUUGUUAUGUCGAGAAGUAUGCCAGGAACUAUCUCCCAGUGUGGACAAAAUGAAGAUGCUGUUCUUCUUGAAGAAUUCUCUGCAGGAAGAAAAGCAUACUGCAGAGAACUGUUUGAAGUUCAGUUAGUACGCAUUUUCACAGCGCUGAAUUGCAACUGAGUCAAGUGUUGCAGAGUUUUGUAUUCAGGUUUUUUUCUUCUAUAUAAUAUAAUUCAGUUUCUUUAUAACCUCAAAUGCGUCAGAUACAAAUGAAGGUCUCUAUACUGUAUAAAUGACUGUACGCUUUGUCAUUCCUAAUCUCAAAUUCUGAUAAAACUGUGAACAUUGCGGUAACGGAGUCAGCACUAACCUCACUUUAAAAGUGUGAGAACAAAUUGUUUACAAAUCUCAGAAGUUAUUCCGUUUUCAGAGGAAUGUGUUGUGACUGAUGACAAUCUGUAUGUGCCUUUGUCUUCAUCUCUUGUAUUUUACAAUUUUUUUGACAAUCAUGUUUUACUUUUUUUUAGAUGUAAGCUGCACCUAAUAACAGGACUUCCACUCUAGAAAUAAAUACCUAGUGGAAGCAAAGCUAGUAUCAUAUGUAGUUAAUAAUAUAUUGGCGUAAACCAGGAUUGGGGAAUCUGUGACCACUGUCCAUGGGCAUUGGCUAUGCUGGCUGGGGCUAAUGACAACUGGGAUCCAGCAAAAUCUGGAAGGCAACAGGUUCCCCACUCCUGCUAUAAACAAAAGCUGGGAUCCAAAGAUCUACAUAGGCAUGCUAAAGAGCUUUGGCCCAGUCAUACUUCUUUCUCCUCAACCCCUUGAACAGUGGACCUCGUUUCCAUAUCCCAAACCAGUUUGGGAAGCCUUAACAGCAUCAGACGCAAUUUGCAACAUGGCAUGAAGGCUGUGGGUUGAGAAGUCCAUUCCCAGAGGCCCUUUACAAGUCCAGAACUAGUGUGAUUCUUUGGGUCCCGACCAACAUUUUAACAUGGUUGAACUAAACGCUAAAAUAAUAUGACUAGAUUUACUAAGGCAAAAUAUGAUAUAGAUUUUAUAUAGUUUUUAUUACAUUUGAAUAGUAUUUUUUAUAUAAUCCUACUGGCCCUUCUGGAAGGAGGAAAAAACCAUGUUGUGAAAUAUAUUAUAGUUUAUUAUGAAGCUAUUUUAUUCACUCAGCUCCACGUACAGUAGACUUAGUCAUGAAAUAAUGAUGACGUCCUGAUUUGACAGUUGUUUGCUUACCAAAUAGUUACUGUGUAUUUUGCAACAAAGCUUUAAAAUGAUCGGCCAGAAUCUGUGCUGUUACAAAUGUCUGAUUUCAGUGGAACCAUAAUAUGGCGCUCUCGUUAUAAUGUUGGUUUGGAAUUAAUAUGUUUGCUAUAACAAUAGUAAUUAAUGACUGCAAAAUAUUUUACUGCGUAAAAUGCUAUUUUCAUUACAGUACUUAAUUAUUAUAAUAUUAUACAUAUAGAGAGGAUGAAGUUGGUCAUAUCGGAACACGGAAGUUAUCCCUCCUUGUCUAACUGGAUCUAGCUUUCUUGCAGGGCUGAGACACCUGGGACCUUUCAGAUUUUACUGGAGUACAACACCCAACAACCCUCAUGUCUGGAGCAGAUCAGAGCUGGAGUUCAAUAACAUCUAGAGGGCCCCGGUUUCCUCAUCCCUCCCCUUCUGUUUUGGCAUAGGCUGACAUCUCAGAACUUAGCAUCCACAGCUGCUAAAAGAGUGAACUCUAAAAAUGUAAUGCAUCCUUUCACUCUCCUCACUGCAGCUCCUACUAUAUAGCACAGAGAAAGGGGCAGAAGCAGUGCAUUAAUAACCUCUGCUGUUAUUAAAUGACAGGUGGGACCUGCAGCAAAAUCUUGCAGUGGAUUUUCUCUAACAGUUCUCGGUGCCAGCCAGCCAUGAUAAUUUGACUCUCCCCUUUACCACUUUCCCUUUCCAAUAGACACAGAAUAUUCCAUGCCUACUGGGCAUGCUAAGUCAUCUAUGGACUGAUGAGUCUUCUUUUUUGUGGCGGGGUAGGGAUUUGACCCUUAGGUUUUAAAAACAUUUUUUGUACCUCUGCAAACCUUGGGAUUUCCCCCACUUUCCUGAGCAUGCUGGUGCCUCCUUUUGUUUCCCAGUGGCUCUGUUUCAGCUUCAGACCUGUUAGCACUCACCAGCUGAGUUCACUGUUAGAGGGAAGAUAAUUGACUGGUGAAAAUUAAUGCCACAUCUCAUUUUUAGUUGUUAAUUUCAGUUGACAAAAGCUGGUGUACCCCAAGUUUACUUCAGUUUGCAGAAAAAGCAAGGGAGAAUUAUUUCAAAAAAUAAUUUGGCAAUGGGUCACCUUUCUUAUCCAGUCUUUUGGAAUGCUGUUAGCAUGUUUGUCUCAGUGAAUGCCACACUUUCAUAUUUUGGAAACUAGCAUUUGGCUCAUUGAAAGGAAUCACCUUAUCCUUUUUUGUGUCUCACUGUUCAUAACUAUAGCUCGAGUAUUAAGGUGUUUUGAUGUCUUGCUAAAUUUAUUUAUGUACAUUUAUAGACUACUCAGUUGUUCAAAUUUCUAAAUGGUGAAAAAGCUCGCUUUAAUACUGAAACAUGGCUAUAGAUAAGAAUUAAGUUCUAUGAAGUCAUGCUGUAAUUUUACUUUAAUAGUGUACAUGUUCUCUUAGAAAAUGGACACAACUGGAGGCCAGUUGGCUCCUAUGCAAAGCAUUGCAACAAUUAUUUUUACAUAAACUGCGUUUUGUAUUACUCUGCUUCUUGUUUUUUCUUUUGGGAAGUUGCCAGUGGGUGGUAUAUCUUGACGCUCAGACUAUAACAUUAGGGUGUCAAACGGGGUGGGUAUCUUGCAUUCCUCUGGGUCUAAAUGUCUAACCAGCCUCACCCUCGUGCCAAAAUAUUCCCGCUAGUUCUGUAUGUUAGACCAGUGGUCCUCAACCUUGGGCCUCCAGAUGUUUUUGGCCUACAACUCCCAUGAUCCCUAGCUAGCAGGAGCAGUGGUCAGGGAUGAUGGGAAUUGUAGUCUUAGACAACCACAGAUGUAAUACAUGUUGCCAUCAUUCAGUUUCUGCUACUUCCAUUAGGUCAUUUGCCCCAUGCCCUCUGUUGAGUAUUAAGCUGAUGAGAGAGGCCAGGGACAGCAAAAUAGCGCAGGGAUUUCCGUUUGGGCAAUGGAAACCCCCUCCCAAAUGGAAACCCCAUAAGUAAUUAAGGCAAGGAGAGAUGCAAAAUGUGGACAGGAUGACUAGAAAGGGGUUACAAAGCACUAGCGGGCUCGUUCCUUGCCCAUCAUGGCCAAUUACUUACAGUUAGAGAAGGGUGGGCACUUACUUGGGGCCCAAUAUGGAAGAAAGUAUUGUAAUGGACAUGUCCCCUGGAAAUACUCGGUGGGAGCUCACGUCAUCCCUGUCCGUUGGCCAUGCUGCCUGGGACAAAUGGGAAUGUAGUUCAAAACAACCGGAGGGGACCAGGUUUUGGAAGGAUGUUGUAAUAUAUGACAGCCAGUGUGUGCGUUCAUGUGUGAUGUACACACAGAUUGGCCAGGUGCUAUGUAUACUAGGUUAAUUUCUGGGUGAGGAAUAAGGAACAUCUGGUCCACAAUGAUUAGAACUUAGUUACAGCUUGGAUCAAUAGUCUUAUCUUUUCCAUAAUUGUAGUUCAGCUUUCCUCUGCCAGCAAAGGAUUACUACUAGGUCAUUCUGCCAUUACAGUAGAGGAGGGCUGCCAUACGUCUGGAGAAUCCCAGGCGUUAAUGGGAUUUCAAAGGCAGAAUUGAUGUCCAGGGAGAAUUUCCGAAAUGUGGCAAAUUGUCUUGGAUCUUAGAUAAGUCAAUAAAAAAAUCUCAGUUUUUUGGCAUUUUGGGGGUGUCCUGGUUUUACUUUUUGAAAUAUGGCAACCCUACAGUAGAAAAUAAAAAGAUCAACUACUUCCACCCCCCAUAUAGUGGUUCAGAGAGAGAGAGAGAGAGAGAGAGAUUUUACUCAUAUUAGUGAAAUUAUAAAACCAGCAGAAACAUGCAGUUUAUGAAGGAGACCUAUUGCAUUUUCCCUCCCUUACGUUCUGGAAAGGUCAAUUUGUGUCUCAUUUUUUCCUUUGCUUCAUUAACAUCAUCCCCAUUCACAUAAUUACAGACUUGGCGACAAAGGAUUCAUUUUUGCGUUUACGUUCAUCUCUUAUGAAUCUUAAUGUUCAGUCAGCCAUUCGUGUACACAUCUUAACAGAGCAAUUCAUGUUAAAUCCAUUUAUUUUACUCCUGUUAAUUUUUUUGUAAGAAAAAAGGAACGUGGAUGUAGAAGUUCCCCUAAAUUACAAAAAACGCGGUUGAAUUCGUAGGUCUUUAGAGCACUUUUUAAAAAAAAGCUUUCAAGAAAAUGGAAGAUAUUUAAUCAGUUUUUACUCCUAAUUUGGGAAUGUAGGAAAUUAAAAAUUAAUUAAGCUGGAUGUUUUAUCUUUAUAUUGCUAUCCUACUAUGCUUCACUGAGCUGCUGUGUCUAGAGACCCAUGCUGCUUGAAUGUUGUAAUCUUGAAAAACUUUAGAACUACUGUGUAAAAGACACCAGAGCUGCUCCCUUGUCUUCAUAUUUCUUUUGCAUAUUUAAAAUAUUUCCCAUCUGAGUCCCCCCAUCCCCCCUGCCAAGGUUAGCGGUAUGUUGAAUGAGAGCAGAUUGCACAUAGAGCAGAAAGCAGAACUUGGUGGUAUUCUUGCAUAAAGAGUUCAGUCGGCUUUUGGGUAUGGCAAGGUAUGUGUCAAAAUUUUAAUUAGGCAUUUCCAAGGAAGGCAAUAAUUCUGAAAUUAGAAAGCACAGUUUGUGUGGCUUCAGAAGAAUCACACUUACUAUUUGCAGUGCUAUUUUUCUAAAGAGAAAAAGAAAGGGUGUCGGAACUUUGUAACAGAGCAGAAGCAGUUACAAGUUGAACCCCUGACAUCUCCAGAUGGAAGGAUCACGUAGCAGUUGGUGCGAAAUAUCUACCCAGGUCUCUGGAGAGAUGCUACCUUUCAGAUUGGACAUGAUGGACCAACAUUGACUGAUGAGCAGAGAACUAAAUGAAAGCAGAUAAAAGAAGAACAUUCUGAAGAGAGAAUGUUGUGUCUUGUCAGGAUUAUUCAGACUUUUCAGUUUGUUUAUGUUGUACUCUGAGUGAACAUCUGUUGGUGUUACCUUGUGGCUUUCACAGUGCUAAACUUUUGUUUUGUGAUGCGUCUAAUGCAGCGUUCCCCAAACUUGGAUCUCCAGCUGUUUUUGGACUACAACUCCCAUCAUCCACCGUUAGCAGGCAUUACGGGAACUGUAGUCUAAAAAACAGUUGGAGGUGCAUGUUUGGGAAACACUGGUCUAAGGACACAAUAUAAACAAAUCAAUAAACAAACCAGUUCCUACUUUUCUCUCUUAAAUUUAAGGACACAGUUUAAUCCAGAUGUGUUCGGCCAUCCAGAUGUUUUGAGACUACAAUUCCCAUCAUCCCUGACCACUGGUCCUGCUAGCUAGGGAUCAUGGGAGUUGUAGGCCAAAAAACAUCUGGAGGGACGAGUUUGAGGAAGCCUGGUCUAAUCAGUAAAAGCCCUGCUUAUUUUGCUAUAGCGCAUUGUCUAUAAUAGUUUACUCACACAUUGAAGAUGCCGCUUGAUGAGAUAAUGGCUGAUGAAUAUUCCAAUGAAAUAAUCGGCAAC